AUGGAAGUUACACCUGGAGCAUGUGGGAUAACGUCAAAGAUUUAUCCUCUUGCCUUGCCCAGAGGAACGGAAAAAUUCUGUGAACUUUGUCAAGGACCAGCGACCCUGCAAUGUACGAAGUGUCGGGUCACCUUUUACUGGUAAGGUCUUUGAUUGACCAUUUCAUACAUUAGUUUUAUUUUAGCGAGUUGUGUGACUAACAACAUUUAUUUGUAACUGACCCCAAAAGACAAGUGAGUCUUGUGCACUCUGUUCAGACUUUGUAAAACCAUGCCUCCACCGUGGACACUAGGUGGCAGUGUUUGCCGUAUCUUUUUGCCACUGAAACGCCAGAACACGUCAGCAGUAAGGAGUUUCAUGUGACUGCGACGUCAGUGAGGAAAAGGAACAGCUGGAAAUGAAAUUACCACAAAGUUAUUUUUUUUUUCUUUUGGUUCAUGUGACCAUGAAUGUCUGUUGGAUUGUUUUGGUCGGUCAACAUCAGCAUUUUUAUGUGAGCAACUACAUCUGGCAGCGGUGGAUCUCUCUGCAGACUCAGUUACAGAUCACAAGAUGGGGCUCAGUGAAAUCCUUGCUGGCACAGUGUGGGGAGUGAAGAGGAGCAUGUGGUGACAUCCCUCCCUGCAGGGAUUUAUGUGAAGGGCUGAGCCACUAAACCCAGUUUCUUAAAGGGAGCUUAGAGCCACUUAUUGUGCUAACUUCCCCCUCGACUUCCCAUUCAACUCUUAGUCUGGCUGUUUAGUUGAAUUUUGCAGAAUUUAAACCUUAACUCUACACAUUGAAAAAAUAAACUAGGAGAGAUGAUUAAUAACCCAAAGUGCAUUAGACAGGCUGUCAGUUAAGACCUGGCCUAGCUUUUGUUCUGUGUAGAGCAAAAUCUUUGUUAGUGGCUCUAUAUCAUUUGAAUGUGGAUCAAAAUAAGCCUCACCAUUGCUGGCAAAACUAAUUAGUCAAAUUAGGUUAUCUUUACAUUUGCUGAGUGGUGUUCUGGCAGAUGUUUGCAAGGACUUGUUUUUCAAACAUGUAUUGUGCUAAAAAAAAGGUCAGCAAAACAUAAAUAUAGUCUCAUGACCCUAUGUCCCGACAAGACCCCUUGAUUUGUACUUGUCAGUGUUUCUGUUGAUGUGACGUGGCCAGAUUCCUGCCUGCUCGCUGCCUCUGUCUCCAGUUCAACGAACGCAGACACAGAGGAGUGAGCACACAUGGUCCUCUGCAGAAUAAAACGCACACACAGACACACACAAGGAAAUCCAAGACAGUUUACAGAGAACGUUGAAGAUGAGGGAGCCAGAUGAGCAAAAUUACAGACUAGUUAUGUAACAGCAUGCAAUUUGUGUGCCCUCUGUGCACUCUUGAUGAUAUUUCAAAAUGGGAAAGCACUUCACCUAGGAAUUAGUAGCUCUGCAAGUUAAAUCCAGUGAAAGAUACUGUAUAGAAACAUAAUGAUUGAGUUCCUUCAAAAUGACCAAAUCUUCCUGUGUUACGAUUCAAAAAGUUCAGAUCAUGGUUGUGAAAAAGUGAUCUGUUCAGCAGCAUGAUUUAAAACAGAAAAUGUCUGAAUUCCACAGUGAUGCAGAGCACCAGCAGGCUGACUGGGCGGGGAUCCAUGAGAGAAUCUGUCCAUUGCUCAUUCCCAUUCGCACCCAAUCGCUUUGCAGUCUUACAAAGGCUGACCAAAUCCACGUAGAGCUCAAAAAGGUAAAGACCUGCAUUCAGAGCAAAUAUGGAAAGUCAUGAAACAAUUUGUGGCUCUUGUGUUGAGUUUUAAGAAAAAUGUGAAAGAAACAUGAGUGGUGAAAACUUAAACUCUGAGGUCAUUAAUAGGUUUGAAUUUUCUUGAGUAAUUCAUUUUUAGCUUCUUUGUGUGUGGAACUCUUCUUAGGUGGAGCUGAUGGGGAUCUGCAUGUCAGUGGCUCAGAGCAAACUGUCUGAGAGGAAAUACGAAGAGGCUCUGCCUGCUGCCCAGUUCUGUCUACGCUGUUCCAUGGAUGUCCACAGCCCCAGUGCAAACCAUCUGAUUCCUGCCUACCUGCUGCUGGCUGAGGCCAACUUUGGUCAGGAUACAGUCACUCAGCCUGAUUCAUUUUUCUAUCCUUGUUAUUCAAUGUUCGUAUGUCUUGGUGCAUGUCCUUUAUUCUAGGUGUGAGUAAUCUAGCCCUGGUGACAGAGCUCCUGUCCCAGGCAGAGUGGGCAGUGCUGAAGAGCCCAGAAUGUGGUCAUGAAAUCUACCAGAGGCUGCACAGGAGCCUGGGCCGCCUCCAAGUGGCAACUGGAAACCUGGAUGCAGCCUUGCUCAACUUCGCAAAUGAUGUCUGUGUCAAAUUUAGUAGAGUAACCAUAAAUGUCAUAAGUACCUAAAUUAUAUAUCUACAUGUUUAACUGUGCAAGUUUUCUGAAAGUCUUAUUGACAUUGAGACAUUCAAAAUGGAAGCAAUGCUUUUUUCUGCCCCUGGCUGACCACAUGGACCUGGAUAUGCAUUGUUUAUUCAUAUUUUAGGAUGUAUAGUAUUGUUGUCUCUUUCUUGUCAUGUGCACUAAUCAUUUACUUGAAACCCCCAGUAUAGGCAGAUACAUAUAUACAUUUUUAACACAUAAGAAAAACAAAUAACCUUGAUAUUUUUCAGAUUUAUCAUGCCAGCGAGGCAUACGGUCUGGAUAGCACAGUCGCCUGUAGGGGCCACUUUCUUAUGGCUGAUGUGUUUGCUAAACAGGGGAAGACGGCCAUUGCUUGCUCCAUGUUCUCUGAGGUGAAAUGUAGCAGAGUUAAUGUGAUUAUAAUGGGGCUGAAUGUCUUUUUUUGUUUUUUUUUUAUAUAUUUCAAGGUAUGUCUUCUAUUGUCCUAAUUUUAGGUGGCAGGAACUUGGCACACCCAUCUGACCAAACACAUCGAGACCCACAUCCAAAAUGUCCAGCCAUCAUUUGGUAAUUCCUACUGUUGUGAAUAAGAAGAGUUUUUUUUUAAUGGAAAAAAAGGAGAAUGAGAAAAUGACAUCAUCAAGCCAUCUUUUUCUACUUCUGGUGACCAGCAGAGAGCUCCAUUAGCAUAUCACUGAUAAAAUAAGGUCAGCACUUCUAUAUUUAGCUGAGCUGUCUUGCUGUGCAAUCCGAAAGCUAAACCCCAGAUUUACAUGAGCAUGCUUAUGGCUGACGAGAGGCCGGUGCUGACACAUCGCUGGCUGUGCAGCAUCCGCAUCACUACCCUCUAUCGCAGCUGCUGCCCUACAUAUGAUGCUAAGCCUGUUAGCAAUACAAUUUCCUUGGUAUUCUGGGAUGUCUAUGGGAGAUGCUUAUACAAAAUAUCCAGACAGACCAUAGUUUUAUGUGGACCUUUGUUGAAUGUGCUGUAUAUUUUUUCCCCGUGUUUUUGUUUUGUGAAAGCUAAGUCUUUUUUUUAUCUCUAUUCAUGACUUUCAAUCAGAUAAAUCUCAGCAUACUGAAGUAGAUGAGACACUAAGAACUGUACUGGAGUUUUGGCAGAAUGAGGACAGGAAAAACUCAGGUCAGAUUGCCUUGGUGGCUCACUGCCUGGCCAUGCUGUGGUUCCUCGGAGGAGACUCCCAGAAGGUGAGUCACCUGACAAGUCGCAAAACAUUAAAGGCUCUGUCUGACACAGUGACACACUUCCCUAUUACCCCCUUGUUCCUCUCAUUCAGAGGGCCGUCUCAAGGUGGGAUUAUCUCUAAUUGGUAAAGCUGUAGAGAUGAGGUCCGAAUUAGCAGGAACUGACUUAACUGUCUCGACAACCUGACUUCAAUCUUGGUCUCAAGUGUCUCUGUAACGCAGCAAGACGUUUAUAGCUGUUAUUUACCCUGCAUUUGUAACCUGCAUCCCUGUGAGAUCAAUGAAUAAUCUCUAGUGAGUCUUGCCUGCUGAGAGGCUGAGACAGCAUUGGCAAUGUUGAUAUCACUGCCUGUACCGGAAGCUCUGGACCAGACAGAUGACGGCCACAGACUUAAACAUGUUAAGGGUCGGAGUUCAAUGGGUUUGAUGUGCUCUUACAGAUUAGCACGAAUAGUGUCACCUAAGUAGACGGUAAACAUUUGAAUGGUACUGCUGUGACUUUUGCUAAAACAGCUUGAAGUUGCAGAGAAAUAUCGGCUCACCGUACAAAGAGGGUUAGAAGAGAUCGAUUAAAUUUGCUUUAUUGUUCACCAACACUCUGUUUGACACAGGAACUAGUUUUUUAUUGCUUAUUGAUAUGAAGAACAUAAUAAUAACAACAACUCUCAGGUGGAGUGUCAAUGACAGCCUUUCUUAUGGAGAGGAUUUUGGUUGUAAAUUGAUUUCUAGUCAUGUUUCUGUCUGCAUUGAGGAGCACAGAACCAGUGUUGUUCUUCAAAAAGUUGGCCUAUAUAUCUGUUAGAGCUUAUUUUUUUAUUCUGAUGUCUUUUUUAUUCUGAUCCUUUUCACUUUUCACUCUAUGUGUAGUUGUCUUGUUUUAAGGAUAGAUGAGCUUGAGCUUGAUUGAGCAUUGUACUGUAUUUGUAGUUGGGCUGCUGUAGAUGGAUGACGUACUGUAACACCAACAAACACAUCAGUGACAGAAACACUACACCCAGCCCUAGUUGUGUACAAAUUGUGAGAAGCUGCAUAGUAACUCAUAGGUUUUCCUGAAUGAAUUCCACAAUGAGGUUGAAGCAUGCAUGGCCAAGUCAACAGUAUCAAAGCUAGUUUCCAUUUUUUCUCUUUUGUAUAAAGCAUAGUAGACUGCAUAACAGCCUGACAGAUCAAGUAGUUGGAAGGGUAAACAGGGACAAGUUAAUCUGACCAGCUGGCAGUCCAAUUUCAGUGAUAUUAUUUUAUAAGUCAGCUUUAUUUUCCCCAGAGAGGCUAACAGCUGCAGCUGCUGUUUGUUUCCGUUUGUGUUUCUGUGCCAGGCUCUAGGAUUUGGCAAUGUGGCCCUGCAGGCCAGCCAGCUGAUACCAAACCAUGACCUGACAGAGCCCAUCCAGACCCUGCUGCAGCUGGUGCAGAAUCCGCAGAGAGAACAACAUCCUGGUUGUAACUAG